GUAAUGUUUGUACUGAUGACUGAGUAAUGUUUGUACCGAUGACUGAGUAAUGUUUGUACUGAUGACUGAGUAAUGUUUGUACUGAUGACUGAGUAAUGUUUGUACCGAUGACUGAGUAAUGUUUGAAUGGUUUUAGACUAGUUGUUUUGGUUUGACUGCUUUACCAAUGAAAAUGGUUGGCUACUGGCAGCUCAAUGCAGUAUGAACAAAACAAGCUCAACCACAGUUUAAUUGUUUUCUAGGCCGAUAUUUAUUAUUGUCACGUUUUUUGUGUUGUUUAUCAGACGAUUUAUUUUGGGGCUGUUAUAAUCAAGGAUACUCAUUUGUUAAUAUUUAGUUGUUUUUUUUAUCACUUUUUUUUUAUCACUUACCAUUGAUGUGUCCCAAGAAACUUGAAAAAAAUGUAUCAUCAGUCAUUCUGUUCCAGUUCCUAAUAUUGUUCUAUAGAAACGGUUAUUUUAUACACAAUGUAGCCGAUUUAUUGUCCAUAGUGUUUCCUGGUUUAGUUAAGUUUUAAGUGAGAAUAUGGAGCAUACUAUUGGUAGCGUAUUAACAAGCUUAUUUCCAUUAGGGGGUAGAUUAUGACCUGGUGUAGCAGUCCAUUUUAGAGAGUGUAUUCUUCAUUAGAUUAUGGUUAAUCAUUGUCCGAUUUCUUAUCAGAUAAAAUCUUUACAUACAGUGUAUAAAAGUUAUGUUCCUCAUCACAUCUAAUAGGAUCACUUCUUAUCAGCAUACAGUCAUAGUUACUGGUUGGUUUGUAGUUCCCCUUGAUUCAAUUAGCUAUGCUGUUUUGCCUUUUUAAAGUCCCAUGAACUAUUACAUACCUUCUGUGACAAGAGACAAUAUGGGAGUGACAGAUAUGAGGUAAGGAAAGUGAAACUUAAGGAAAGAUAAACUCAUACAUUGUAAUAAUACUAGCCUCACUCAGUCAGUCCCAUGACUGCUGAAACUCUUCACUAAGAAAUACAUCACAUGCCAGACAGAGCACACCAUGGGCGUCCAGGGAUUGACCAGCUUUAUGGAGGAGAAUGGAAACAUUUUAAAAGAUGUUCACCUCAGAAACAGCAAGUUGAUCAUCGAUGGUAGUAAUCUGUUCAACUUGCUUUAUUUUGACUCACGUUUGGAUCAGAGUCAUGGAGGGGAUUAUGAUGCUUUUGAGGACCAGGUCUGCAAGUUCUUUAAGGCUCUGAGAGACUGCGACAUUGACCCCUUUGUGAUUGUAGAUGGGGGCUCCGACUACACCGACAAAAAGUUUGAAACAAAAAAAAACAGAGCUCUAUCAAGGAUCAACAGAGCGAAAAGCUUGUCCAUGGGGCUUCAGGGGAGCGGUGGUAUAUUACCAACCCUCAUCAAACAUGUCUUCAAACAGGUCCUCAUCAGCCUGAAUGUGCCGUACGCACAGUGCAUUUGUGAGGCAGACCAAGAUAUAGCCUCCCUGGCUCGAAGUUGGAACUGUCCAGUGCUGUCCAAUGACAGUGACUUUUAUAUCUUUGACAUCCAGGCAGGAUUUCUGCCCACCUCCCAUUUUCACUGGCAGAGAGUGUCUAUGCAACGCGGGAGCUCUAUAAGAUACAUUCCCUGCAAGCAGUACACCACAACAAGCUUCUGCAGACACUUCAACAUCAACAGACAGGUUCUCCCAGUCUUCGCUGCCAUGUUAGGAAACGACUACGUCAAGUUGCAUAACAUGGGUGUUUCCCUCAGGUGGGAAGAAUACACGUCAAUGGAAGGAAGGUUUGCCCGCUUCGACGGCUUGCUGAAUUGGCUGGCCCGCUUCCAUGGGCAGAAGGAUGCCUUGGACUCCGUGCUCAGGCUCAUCAGUCAUUGUAACAACAGACAGAAAACAGGUGCUGUCCUCCAUGGCCUCUCCCUGGGCAUAGAAGAGUACCAUCUUCCCCCUAGUUGCCUGGAGCGGUUCUUCAACGAUGGAGUGGGACCAGGGCCCGGCCGUCUCCCAGAGCCUCUGAGGGUCCUUCCAGACUGGACCCUGCUGCCAUUGAUGGAAGGUAGACUUCCCUCCUGCAUGGUAGACGUGCUGCUGCUGGGAAGGAUGAUGCAGGGUGCCCAGGUGGAAGAUCCCAGCUUGCCAUGUGGGAACAACACCUCUCGGUCCAUACGACAGGUACUCUACGGGCUGCUGCUGGGUGGGAGGAGGGCAGACCACAGCCGUCAGAGACCCCCAGUGGAUGAAGUGGAGGAGUAUUACAGGGAAGGCAAGAGCCUGACCAGCAGCAUGGUUGAAGCCAUCCUUCCCAGUGCUGCAGAACAUAUACAGCUAGACACUCUGCAUCAGGCUCCAAGGUUAGUGCAGCUUAAGGUGUUUUUGGAGACACUUGGUGUGUCCCAGUCCACUUUGAGCGGUGUCCCGCCUCAUCUGCGUCUUCCUGUGGCUGUCACCUGCUACUGGCUGAGGCACGCCCAUUCCCCUCCAGAACUCCCUGUCCUGCAGGCCCUGCUACUAGGAUUGGUGUAUGGAGAGCUCUGUAGAAAGAGAAAGAGCCAAAGAGGGUUUAUGGAGGGACCAGUGUUGGAGAGGCUGAGAGGGCUGAUUCAGAGAGGUAGAAGGAGCCUAGACCUGGGUGUGGCCCACGCCUACAGCCAGUGGCAGUGCUGCCUGAAAGAAAGCCUUCACCUCAACCAACUGCUGUGCUUCCCUCUAGACGAGCCUCAGUGUGCCUGGCUGUACAAGGGCACUCUGGUGCACCAGCUUGUGACCAAACUGAGAGGGGGGUUAACCCCGGAUUCUCUCCUGAUGGGAGACCUUGGCUCUGGACAGCUGUAUAGGGCCAUGCUGGGAGCCAUACUCAACUCCCAUGAUUCUCAUGAGGCAGCUGUCAUCCCAUUUGUGUCUGGGCUGCAGAGGGCCACACCUCCAUCCUUGACACAGCCACUGGACGAUCUGACGGCCCAUCUACACAUUCUGGCUCUGGAAUAUGAUGAUGAUGAUGGUGCUGGAGGUGGGAGCAAGGCCAAGUCAGAGGACGAUCUGGGUUGGACUUUGGUCUCAGUGCGGACCCGGCACAAGAGCAAGGACAGAUUCAACCGAGCUAGGAAUCCAGAAUUCUCCCGGAAGCAGGGGCGGAUCGGCUGGGAAUAGGGAGGGACCAUUAUAUAACGGUUUAGAUAUAUAGACGUUCUGCUCAACUCUUCAAUGUUUUUAUUGUUCUUGUGUGUACCUAUUAUGACUUAAUUUACAUUUUAUUAGCAUGAACUAUAAUAGAAGUUAUGAUAAGUUUGACUUUAUUUAAUAUGUUUUUAUUUCUUUGCUCUCUACUGUAAAAACUUAUUUUGGUCUUUGAAAAUAGCUCUAUAAAUCCCAUUUAUUGUUACGAUUAUAUUACUGCUGCUCUUGAAAUAUUUUAUCAUCAAAAUGAAAAAUAACAUUUAAACCAGCUAUUCUUGAGAAUGAUUGGCUAUACACACUAAAGUAUAUCUCUGCUUUGACAGUAUAUUUUAAAUUAAAUUCUUAUUC